CGGUCACAAUUGCAUUACUCCCAUCCCUAUCUAUUACUCCCGUUCCAAUUUACCAUCCAACCCUACUCCUUUCAGCCGGGAGUGUGGCUGCAAAAUAAAUUCUUUUCCACUGGGAGUGUUGCGGCAAAACAAAAAAGAGUUGUCGGCAGUUCCUUCAACUAAUUCAUCUCCUGUAUAAGAAGAACAAAUCCUCAAGAACAACUCUCAUCGUCUGUGCUGGGUAGAACUGCAGUUUUCAAGAGGAACGAGUCAAUGUUUCAGUGAGACAGUGAAAGCAAGAAUCCAUCCAAGGGACUAUAAGAUGUCAAAAUUCACAUGGAGGAUUGAAAAUUUCUCUCAAUUGGAUGCUGAAAAGAUUUACUCUAUGACGUUUGUUGUAAAUGAGCACCAAUGGAGGUUGUGUCUUUAUCCAAAAGGAGACAAUACAGAUCAUUUGUCUCUGUACCUCAGUUUGGCUAACACGGGUAGCUUACCCAGUGGGUGGAGUAUAACAGCAAAUUACCAUCUAGCUCUUAUUAACCAGAAAAACAACAACAAAACAAUCAAAAUAGAGAGGAAAUGUCGGAAAUUCGAAACAGGUAUUACUAGUAGGGGCUAUCCUUCUCUGAUCCUGGUCAGUAAGUUUCACGAUAAAAGUGAAGGUUAUCUGGUUGGGGAUACAUGCCUGAUUGAAGCUGAAGUUUGUGUCCUGCCUGAUGCUUGUUCAGCUUCAACCAAUAAUGCUUUAGAUUCUCCUGUUGCUCUCUAUGAUCCUAAUGAAUCUUUGUAUGUCGAGGCUCAAAUGUUUCUCGAGUCCCUACUUAAGAAACGAUCCAACAGCUGCAUGGUAUCCAAGGCUCCGACAUGUGAAAUGGUUUUGCUUAAAGGACAUGCAUCUUCUGUAAAAGAGAUCCUUGAUAUGCUGAUAUCAUACCCUUUUGAUGCAUUGGCUGAUCCCAGAAAUGAAACUGCAAUAUUGGAGUCUUUGUCUCCACUAAACGACCACCUUUAUUUGUUUAGUGAUGGACGGGCUGUUGAAAUUAUGAAUUUGAAAGCUACUUUUCCUCAGAUAAUGCAGAAUUGGAGAAAUUCAAUUCAAGGUAAGGAAAGAAGAAGCGAGCAUCCAUGGUCUAGUUUUGAUAAGACCCAAAGUUUGCUGGAAGAAUUGGUCAAAACGGGGGAGGACAUAAAGGCUAAAGUGAAGGAGCUAAACAAGAAAGAAACAGAAUUGGAAGCUAAGCUGGACGUCAUUGAACACAAUAUUCGACAACUCAAGGAGGAACGGGAAGAAUUAUCACAUCAUACAAAAGCAGUAUGUUCACUUGCCGAGAAGCAGGCUAAGAACAUUAAAGCAGAAAAGGUGGAGUUGGUGGGCCCAGCUAUCAAAAAACUGAAGGUUAACUUGAAGUGAAAGUGGCCUCGGUUGUGUCUACUGACAAACAUUUUCCCAACAUUUUGUCUAUUUCUGCUAUUAAAAGCUCGUUGGAGCCUACUUUUGUCACGUUGGCUAUUAAUGAGUGAUUCUGAGAAACCCAAUAAAUGUUUCAGAAGAAGAAUCUGACUGUACAAAAGUAGAAGAAUAAGAUUAGGCAGGAAGAAUAUUUUUCUGAUCUAUAUACUAGUCGAUAGUAUUAUAUACUUCGUUUGGCUUCCAGCAAUCCAGCCUUUCUUAUACAAUGUUAACAUCCCAAUAAACAAAUCAUGUGGAGCACCU